CCCUUCUUUUUGCUUUUUAGUCUCUCUACAUCUGUUUCUCUCAAAAAUAUGGUUAGAUAAUCAUAAUCUGGUACUCUAAAUUGUUUCAUCUUGAUGGCUUCUUCAAGGAUCGAUUCCCUCUCUGAACCCACAUCCCAUGGUAGCUUGGCAGCACAAUCCUGUGGGAGAAAGCCUGCUUUCUUAAGAUGGCUUAGAAAGCUCUUCAAAGGACGUUCAAAUCGUCAGAAAUUGCCGCAGCUUCAUGGUGAAGAAACCAUAGCUAGGCAUGUCCCUGGUGAACCCAUGGAUGAUCAAUCUAAAGCUAAAAACGGCGAGUCAGAUCAUGCUGUUGCACUCUCUCUGGCAGAAGAUUUGAAGGACCCUCAUGGAUGCAGAAGGCGGACAGAACAUGACGAAGAUUUAGCUAGAGCACUUCAGGAAAAACUCAAUGAGCCAUCAUAUCCUUCUUAUGAUCCUACUUCUCUUUUUCCCGGAGAGUACAGGUUGUGUGGUGGCUGCAAUGGUGACUUAGGAUAUGGUGAUUAUUUGUUAUGUAUGGGAGCUUUUUGGCAUCCCUCGUGCUUUCGCUGUUAUGCUUGUGAUUAUCAGAUAGUUGAGCAUGAGUUUUCAUUGUCAGGGAGGAAUCCUUACCAUAUGUCCUGUUUCAGAGAAUUGCAUCAUCCCAGUUGUGAAGUUUGCCAUCAGUUUAUUCCACCAAAUGAUGCUGGUUUAAUCGAGUUCAGGUCUCAUCCUUUUUGGGGGCAGAAGUAUUGUCCUAUACAUGAGCACGAUAACACUGCUCGUUGUUGCAGUUGUGAACGCUUAGAGUCAUUGAGUGCAAGGUACAUUCCUUUAGGAGACGGACGCAAUCUAUGUUUAGAAUGCAUGGAAUCCGCGGUCAUGGAUACGGGUGACUGUCAACCACUAUAUCAUUCAAUCAGAGACUUCUAUGAAGGAAUGAACAUGAAACUAGAUCAACAAAUCCCCAUGCUUCUAGUUGAAAGACAAGCCUUAAAUGAAGCUAUUGAGUGGGAAAAGAAUGGUCACCUUCAGAUGCCUGAGACUAGAGGUUUAUGCCUUUCUGAAGAGCAAACUGUCACAAGUGUAUGA